UCUAAUUUUCCGUCUAAUGUUCAAAGCCUAGUAUCGUUAGGCUUUUUUUCGAGCUAAAAUUUCGAAUCAAAAAUUCAAAUUUCGUGACUAGUUCCACCACGUCAGGCAUUAGAUACUAGGAAAAGUUGCUUCUAACAGAAUUUUAAAUGAGAUCGAUAGGCAACAAUAGACCAGUCAGUCUAGUUGACUCUUAGUCCUGUGACAACCAACUAGCAACAAAGUUUUAACUAGCCAUGGAGACUAACACUACUACUCCGUAUCAUAGAAUUAAUAAAAUUUUUCUCAGUGUUAUUGGCCAGUGGCCUCAUCAGACCAAAUUGUCCAAAUGUAUUUGUUAUAUUAUUUUAUUUUUCUUCUGUUCUACGCAAGGAUAUCUUCAGACCGCUGGAAUGAUAGCUGCAAGAGUUGACAUCGAUGUUUUUUUGGAAGCGAUUCCGACAGUAUUGGCCGAUGUUGUUUGUGCAAUAAAAAUGUUCAACUUUACUGUAAAUUUUAGCAAGAUGAAAAAAUUACUUUUGAUAAUGGAAGACGACUGGAAAACUUUUUCUUCUGGUCCCGAAAAUGACAUUCUAAAUGAAUACGCCCAUUUUGGAAGAAAAGUUACCAUUUACUACACAGGAGCUCUUUACGGAACAUUAGCACCUUUAGUAAUAGUGCCAAUCACUCCUCUGCUUCUGGAUGUAAUCGCUCCUAUGAACGAAAGUUAUCCAAAGCACUUAAUGUUCCAACAGAUAGAGUUCCUAGUAGACGCUGAAAAAUAUUUUUAUCCUCUAUUUAUCCUCAAUUACCUUGGCACCGUUGCGUUUUUGACCAUAAUUAUAGCAAUUGACACGAUGUUGAUGGUUUACAUCCAACAUGGCUGCGCUAAAUUUACAAUUCUUGGGUUGUUUUUGGACCGAAUAGCCAAAAGCGCAGAUCGAGAAAUCAGCCGCCACAAUGAUAAAUUUACGAAUGUUGACUACAAAGAUGUCGUCAAGUGCAUUGCAUUUCAUAACCGUACAAUCGAGUUCGCCAAUCUUGUCGAAGAUGCUAAUUGUGUCAGUUUCCUUUCUAUAAUUGGAAUAAAUAUAAUAAUGAUGACAACUUCGGCUUUGGUGGCUCUGUUCAAAUUCAUGAUGAAUGAAACAGAAAUAGCAGGUCGGUUUGCGUUCUUUACUUUGGGAGAAGUCUGCCAUAUUUUUUACAGCAGCUGGCAAGGGGAACUACUUUUGAAACACAGUGAAUCAAUAUUUGACCGUGCUUACCAAGCAAACUGGAUUGAUACCUCAGUGCACUCCCAAAAACUAAUGGUGCCAUUUUUGUUGAGAAGUGCCAUUCCUUGCCGAUUGACCGCAGGAAAAAUGUUCGAAAUGUCUUUAAAAACUUUCAGCGUGAUUGUAAAAACAUCAUUUUCGUACCUCACUGUGUUUGCAUCAAUGCGUGCCUAAUAUUACAAAGUUGAGUAUUAAUAACUGAAUAAUUAUAAUAAAAAUAAAUUUAGCACUUUGGAA